GUAGCUAGGACCAAGCCCGCACCGGCAAAUGAGAGAGAAGCCAUGAGUAACCGGAGCAGAAGAACAGUUGUGGCAGAGGCGGAGCCUACAUUCGUGCAGAGCUGCUCAACAAAAUGGUCUAAGGGGUUGCAGCGAGGCGCCAGAUGGGAUAAGGACACAUUCGAAGACUUUCCUGUAUGCGUCCACUGGUUCAGACAAAUCAUGGCGGCGGUGGCGGGGACAUGUGUGGGUUUCGCGGGAGUCACUGGAUGGUUCGGGCUCGUUGGGGGAUUCGCCUUCGUCACGGGGGCCACUUACUUGUACUACGCGAGAUUCGUCGAGGCGGACGAGUUGUCUUACGGUGAUCAAGGCCUAAAAUGGGAGGGAUUGCUGCCAUCUCUCACGGUCUUCCUCCUGAUGUGGAUCUUGUCGUUCAACUGCAUGGGGCAUGUAUUGUUGAAUAUCGCGUAGGGAGGCCGGGGGAAGUUGGGAGAAACAGUGCUUGCACUGCCUCGGGACUUGGCUUGCCGGAGGCUACGCGUGACACCCACAUGUUGCCGGGGUAAAACCUCGGAGGGGGAGGAAUUCUGCAGCGUGAAGAAGUUGUGGGCCGAUUGGACCGACGAACGCGAGGAACAAAUUGAGUGUUUAACAUGGGAAGCUCCUUCCUAAGGCCUUCGGUGUUGUGUUGAGAGUUUCGAGGGUAGGCUUGACACUCGGCACACUCUCGACCCAGUGCAACUCGCUCGCUCACGUGAUGGGCAGCGAGAGCCAGCUUCGAGAGUCAUGCUCUUUUGGUUCCACAUAUGAACGAGAGUAUAUGUAGGAAUGACAAGCGUGUGUUGCGUGGUCUUGGUUGCGGGAAGGCGCGCUUAACUGUCGACCCAGCAUCUCGCUCUAGGCAAAGCUUAAUUUCUGCUCUUGAACGAGAUACACUCGAGAGAUUGGCUUUCACGUGAACCCUACGCUUCCAUCCCGUGCCUUGGGCGAUGUGCUAGGUCGGGCGCUUUUUUUCGGUUGGUGCAGUUGCGAUCUUGUUUCAUGAGAAUGAGUAUGAGUGAUCUCGGGUCAAGGAUAGGCUGAAGGAGUUUGUUGAAGAGUGUAGUCAAGACAACCUGUCGAUUUUCUUUUGUGUUUCAAGGAUGCGCGACAAUCCUUUCUCAGGCAUUUUUUUUUGUUCGUUCUGUUUUUCUUUGGUCUGGAUUGUGGUCCAGUUCCUGCUCAGGACAAACCUUUGUUAUUGGAAUGGAAAGGGGCAUAUUCGGCGUGCACCAGGGGGUGUAAUAGUCUUCGGCACUUUGGCACUACGCCAGAGUUUGUGGCCGUCUCCUUCACCGAAACGUGUUGUUCUCCAAACUAUCGUAGACUAAAGAAUCCCCGACAGAUUCUCCACACGCAGUCUUACUUUUGC